GAAACUGACUUGUAGAUUUCGCAACUGCGCAGGGAGCAAAAAGAUUACCAAGCAGGAGGGGGUGUCUCUGCUCAAGGCGAGAAUGGCAUAAAAGCAGAGUUUGGGACUCUCUGCUCAAGAUUCUCUAAUAUGACUGUGCUCGCUUCCGCCCGUUUCCAGGUUUGGGGUUUAAGGUAGCCGCGGAGGCGUGAGGAAUUGCUAUGUGUGCCAGGAUCCUGGCUCUGUUUCUCUUGCUUCAUGGCAUCCUGGGACAAACUAUCCCACACCGAGGUCCCCAUCCCUCCAUCCCCGAUGUAGAAGGGGACCUCCUCUUCCUGCUGGACAGCUCUGGCAGCGUCUCCUACUACGAAUUCUCCCGGGUCAAGGAGUUCAUCGCCGACCUCCUCCGACCUUUCACCUUUGGUCCCCACGAUGUCCAGACCAGCGUGGUUCACAUCAGCACCGUCCCCACCAUGGAGUUCCCGUUCGACCGCUACCUUUCCAGCGGGGCGGUCCAGCACGCCAUCCGGGGCAUCCAGCAGGUGAUGGGAGACACCAACACGGGCAAAGCCCUUUCCUUUGCCAAGGAGACGCUCUUCACUGGAGAAGCUGGCGCCCGGCCCGAUGUGCCCAAGGUGUUGGUGUGGAUCACCGACGGGUUCUCCACGGACGACGUCUCCCGGCCCAUGCAGCUUCUUAAGGACUUGGGGGUCACGGUUUUCAUCGUCAGCACCGGUCGCGGGAACUACUUGGAGCUUUCGGCUGCAGCCAGCCAGCCGCCGGAGAAGCACCUGCAUUUCGUGGACAUGGAUGACCUGCCCAUCAUUAUCAAGGAGCUGAGAGACUCCGUAACAGAUGUCAUCCAGGCCAAACGUCUGCGCGCCACCGACAUCUCUUCCAGCAGCUUCCGGCUCGUGUGGCCCAAACUUCUCGCUCGUGACACCGGCUAUUACGUGCUGGAGUACGCGCCUACCGGACAACCCAGGCGGAAACUGACCAAACAGCUGACCGGCGACCACACUACUGCCCUGGUGGUUAACCUCGUACCUCAAACCACCUACGAGGUCGCCCUCAUCCCCGAGUCCAAUGAGAGGUACAUCCCCCCUCAGACAACCAGAGUCACCACUUUGGAAGAGGUUGUCAGCCCGGUCCGGGUUCUCAUCUCGGAAUCCAAACCCCACAGCGUCCGGGUCAGCUGGUCCCCAACCCCAGAAAGCGUGGCCUCCUAUCAAGUCUUGUACGGACCUCUGCCCGCCAACUCGGUCAAGUUGGUGGUGGUGGACGGGAGCCGGAACAGCACCGUCUUGGAGAACCUGGCAGCCAACACGACCUACUUGGUGACUGUCUCCGCUAUUUACAAGUCGGGGAAAGAGAGAGCUCUUUCGGCCAAAGCCUGCACUCAGGAAGAAAACUCCAAAGUGAAGCAUCUACGCUUCGAAGACCUGGGCCCCAGCACCCUGAAGGCCUCUUGGGACCCUGCAGAUGGCGACGUCCUUGGCUACCGCGUCCGGUGCCGGCGGCAGGCGGGGCCUUCGAACCUCCUCAGCGUCUCGCCGCAGAUCAACAGCGUCCUGUUGUCCAACCUGACCGCGGGCAGCGCCAACAAAGUGUGUGUCAAGCCGGUGUACAAAAACAUUCCCGGGAAAGGCUUGUGCCGGAUGGUGCGCAUGCAGCCGGCCUCGCAGGUGAGAAGCUAUCGACAUCGACGGAGAGCCUGA